CGGAAGUAGACAUGGCUGCGGCGGUGUUUUGUUUAGGUUACAGAAACAUCCGAUUGAGACCGUUUCACUAAACCGUAAAUGUCAUACUUAACAAAUUAACGAUGCGUUUUAAGCUUGCUAAAUAUUUACACAAUUCAUGUACAUAUUACGAAUCUGACCUUAUUUAUCUGUUCAGGAUUCAAUCUCAUCAGCCAGGGAAGAGGGAUUGACUGGAUGCGUUUCUAUUGUGUGGGAAAGCACUGAUGAUUUGUCAUUACCAUGGGACACAAGAGGAGAAGUCACACUCUUAAAACAUCUCCAUCUCUGGACACACACAGACAGACUGAUGAUGAGGGGAGUUUAAAGCACAGAAUAUGUAUGGUGUCAGACUUUUUCUACCCAAACAUGGGAGGUGUGGAGAGUCACAUCUACCAGCUCUCACAGUGCCUCAUAGAGAAGGGCCAUAAAGUUGUCAUAGUGACACAUGCCUAUGGAGACCGCCGUGGUAUUCGCUACCUGACCAAUGGACUGAAGGUGUAUUACCUACCAUUGCAGGUCAUGUAUAACCAGUCUACAGCCACCACUUGCUUCCACAGUUUGCCACUACUUAGGUGCGUGUUUGUGCGUGAAGGCAUCACGAUCGUGCAUGCUCACAGCUCCUUCUCCGCAAUGGCCCAUGAUGCUCUUUUCCACGCCAAGACCAUGGGACUCAAUACUGUGUUUACAGAUCACUCUCUCUUCGGAUUUGCAGAUCUGAGCUCCGUAUUGACUAAUAAAUUGCUGACUGUCUCAUUAUGCGACACGAAUCACAUUGUGUGUGUGUCAUACACUAGUAAAGAGAACACUGUACUGCGGGCCACCCUUGACCCUGAGAUUGUCUCUGUUAUCCCGAAUGCUGUCGACCCAACUGACUUCACCCCUGACCCCUGUUGUCGUGACAACAGCAAGAUCACUAUUGUGGUCAUUAGUCGACUGGUUUACAGGAAAGGGAUUGAUUUACUAAGUGGAAUCAUUCCUGAACUAUGUGGAAAGUACCCAGAUCUCUGCUUUCUGAUUGGUGGAGAGGGACCUAAAAGAAUUGUUCUGGAAGAAGUUCGAGAGAAGUAUCAGCUUCAUGACCGUGUUCGUCUACUGGGGGCUCUGGAUCAUAAAGAUGUGAGAGAUGUUCUUGUUCAGGGUCAUAUCUUUCUCAACACUUCUCUCACUGAAGCCUUCUGUAUGGCCAUAGUAGAAGGAGCUAGUUGUGGGCUGCAGGUGGUAAGCACUCGGGUUGGAGGUAUACCUGAGGUCCUGCCCAAUGAGUUAAUGACACUGUGUGAACCAACGGUUCGAUCCAUCUGUGAUGGAUUAGAAACUGUUAUUGCAGGAAUACGCACAGGAAAUGUGGCGUCUCCUGCUGCUAUCCACCGCAAGGUCCGAACUCUCUACACCUGGAGAAACGUUGCAGAGCGAACGGAAAAGGUGUAUAUCCGUGCAUGCAAGGAGCCUGUUUUGUCACUGUCUGAUCGAUUGAAUAGACUGCAGAAUCACUGUGGUGCAGUGGCAGGAUCCAUUUUCUCCUUUACGGCUGUUCUUGACUUUCUCUUCCUGCUGUUUCUGCAGUGGCUCCGCCCAGAUCACCUGAUUGAUGUUGCUGUAGAUGCAUCUGGCCCCCACAGUUUGGGGCAGAGCUUUAGUAAGAAGAAAAGUAAAAUGGCAAACCCAACUUUGAGCUCUGUGCCUUGAUAUUUUUCAAACCCAGAUGUUUUUCUUUUUGUGAAACAAAAAAAAUGCAGGUAUUGUAUGACACGUUUUGUGAAGUCUAAGUUUUGAAACUUGUACAAAAAAAUCGAUCUAGAGUUAAUAAUUGAAGUAAUUGUUUGAGUGAACUUCUAUACUUGAAAUUAAGAAUAUUACAAGUAUUCUUGAAAAUUUAAAAAGGAAUUAAAAUUCUGUUAUUAUUUACACGCCCUCUUGUCAUUUCAAACCUGCAUGACUUUCUUUCUUCUGCAGAAAGAAGAUAUUUUGAAAAAUGUUGGUCACAGAAAUUCAACAAAAAGGGUGAUUAAAUGGUGACAGAAUUUUCAUUGUAAGGUGAACUAUUUAUUCAAUAUAACUUUUUUUCUGGAGAAAUGGAUGUAAAAGAACUCUGGAUGUGCACAACUGACCUGUUUACAUUUCUGUAUAACACAAUAACCUCAGGUGUAUAUGAAGCUUUUAAUAUCUAUCAUCAGCGACCCGCUUCGUCUUUGUUCCUCUGCACAUCAGUUUUUACCUCUGAUUCAUUCGUAUUUUAGUACAGAUGCAGCACACUUGUUUUCAUACUUGUAUGCUGUUAUUUUAUAUUCACCUUCUAUGUUAGUAUUAUAACUGUGAUUAUGAUGUACAAGCUUUCCUGCUGCCUGCCUUUUUACACAAUCUUUAAUAAACUUAAAUAAC